AUGCUCGCUGACGUGGGCUUUCCAAGACUGGUAGGAUCCAGGCCUUACGAGGCUCAUUUGGCUGCGCUAGAGUUGGAUUUGGCUGGCCGGGGGCCUGUUGCCCUAGCAGGGCUUGUGCACUGGAGGGCUCCUCUUCGCUCUUCAACAAAUUGCAAACUUUACUUAUCUACUUUUAAGCUUGAGAGAGAUACUGGAGAAUUUGUACUGCCUAUCGAAGAGAGGAGUUAUUGUGCAUCCCAAGUGGGGACCUGGGCUGCAUCUUGGGGCGUCGGGUGUGAUGUGCUGGGGCAGACAAUACGGGCCCAGGCUAGAGCAAGAGGUUCUAAUACAUUAGCAAUGUAUCAUGAGGUCGAUUGGAUUGGAGGUGUGGAUGGUUCCAAACGCGCCAAGAAAAUGUUUAUGGCUAAUGUACACUGUGUGACGUCUGAAGCUCAAUUCCAAAAGUGGCGGGGUACUUAUGCCUCUGUCAUUCCUAAUUAUGUGCAUGUUAAGCUGAUAGAGCUUUUGACUGAUGAUGAGCCUUGCGUGGAUGCGAAUGAUCUAGAUGCUAGGAUCAUCACCUUCCAUCCUUUUUAUUUUUCCUUAAGCUUCACGUUACCGCUAUCCAAGUUUUUUAAGAAGGUGUUCUUCUCUAUGGAGUGUGCUCCGAGUCAGUAUACUACCAACGUUUAUCGGGCGAUCAUGUGUUUUGAGAAUUUGAGCCGUUUCUUCAAGUUGGAGCUAAGGGUGCGAGAGUUCUUCUACUUCUUCGAAGUAAUGCGCUAUGAGAAGUAUGCUCAAAUUCACAUCUGCCAUGCCAAACUGUUUGACAAGUUCAUCCAAAGAGAUCACGUGUGGCAUGAUGAUGUGUUAGAAGUUAGCAGACGGUGGGAAGACGAUGUUGGCGAUGGUCCUUUUGUUCCCAUCACCUACUGUAACGUUUGCUCGAGCUCUAAACAUUCCCACGAGGUUUCGGGAGUGGCGCUAACUAUUGAGCGAGUAUCGAGAGGAAGUUGGUGGGCUGAUGUCAAGUUUUCAAGAAAUGAAGCUGCUCCUUCACAGGUGAAUGAUAUGUUUCUGUUGAGGAAGAAGCCAAAGCUCUCAUCUACAAAGAAUACACAUGUAAGAGCUGCUCUCCCUUCAUUUGCUAGGGUUAAGCACCUCGUCGACGUAAACAACAAGAAGGUUGGCAGUAUGCGAAACAUUCAGGACAUUCUACUCAAGCCUCAUACUGAUAAGUUUGGAAACCGUGAUCUGUUUCGUGAAGUGGUCCGCUCGAGAACUAGUUCACCUGAUAAGGGGUAA